AUGACUCAACCUGGCUACAAACUCACUCAAGUCGCAAGAAGGGGAAAGAAAAAAGGCGGAGGUUUAGCUGUCAUAUACAAUGACAGACUUCAGUGCUCUCAUCUGAACACUGUGUCUUUACAGACGACAUUCGAACACCUUCUUGUAAAGAUCUCUGCACAAGGACAGCAUAUGAACAUAUUGCUCAUAUACAGACCUCCAAAGACAUCGAGAGAUUUCUUUGACGAUUUUGGCACACUAUUGGACUCCCUAGAUACAGCCCCGGGACGUCUCCUGAUACUAGGUGACUUUAACUAUCACAUUGACGACAGGCAGAAUACGGAUGCCCAGAAAUUCAUGAGCUUAAUUGAUACUCACGGACUAGUCCAGCAUGUAUGUGAAUCAACCCACAUCAAGGGACACCUUUUAGACCAGAUUAUCACUCGCCAAGAUGACAUAGCUGUUAAGGACAUUUCACUUGAUUUGUCCAUAAAGUCCGACCAUGCUGCAGUCCUAUUCAAAACAAGCAUCAAAGUACCUGCACGGGAGAGAAAAGAAGUAUCCUUCAGGAAAUGGAAAGAAAUUGACAUUGAUAACUUCCAGCAAGAUCUUUCUACAAAACUGUCAGGCUACCAGGAUCUGUCUGUAUCUCAGUGUCUGAAGUUGUACAACACGGCUUCAGGAUCAGCCAUUGAUGAGCAUGCACCUCUGAAAACAUGCACUGCAACAAUUCAUACAAAUGCUCCCCGGUAUGAUAUGGACAUCAGGCAAGAAAAGAGGAAACGUCGCAAACUGGAAAAGCAGUUCAGAACAACCCAGCUCACCGUUCAUCGGGAGCUUCAUGAUGCUGAGAGGAACUGUGUCAACGCGUUGAUGGAAGCUACGAAAUCCAAGUUCUUCAAUCAGGCUCUACAGGAAGCAAAGGGGCAAAAGGAUAACUUCAUCAUAUCAAACAGACUCUUACACAAACAGAAGCAAGUAUCUCUUCCCAGUUGUCAGGCUCCAAAAGAACUUUCAGAUCGCUUCUCAGAGUUCUUCUCAGAGAAGAUCACCAAAAUCAGAUCUGGACUCGCACAGUCCGAUUAUGUUUAUGCUGAUGAAACCCAGAGCUGCGAUGCCUCUCUGCCAGUGUUUCAGCCCACCACUCAGGCUGAAGUGAGAUCCCUGAUCUUGAAAAGUCCGGAUAAGUCAAGUCUGGUCGACCCCAUGCGAACAUGGUUCCUGAAGAAAUCACUAGAUUCAACCCUCCCACUUAUCACACUCACCAUCAAUCUGUCUCUCUCAAAACCAAAAGUUCCUCCUGAAAUGAAGGAAGCAAUGAUAAAACCGCUUCUGAAGAAACCAAAUCUCGACAGCGAAGUGUUGAAAAACUAUCGCCCAGUUUCUAAUCUUUCCUACUUAUCUAAACUAUAG